GGUGGGUGUGUUUAACAGAAGGAAGCAGUAGGAAAGAGCCUGUCAGUCUGCCUUUACAGCUAAUUAGCUCAGCAUACAACAAAGAUAAGCAGUCCGGGGAGGUGGACCCUCCGGAGGGUCUUAGUUUGAGGCAAUGCCUGAUUGGGAGACGUGAGGAGAUUCCUCGGGAAUCCAGCACAUCAAUGAGCUGCAGAAAGUUGGUACAGGACUCGCAUGACUCAGGCAUGAGGGCAGCGUGUGGCUGCUUUCUGGAAAAGCAGAGCAGAGAUGGACAGAACCUUGGAGUCUCUGCAACUUGUAAUUGCCCAAGUUCUGCCUCAUCGAGACCCUGCCCUGGUUUUUAAAGACUUGAAUGCUGUAGCAAUAUUGCAGGAGUUCUGGGAAAGCAAACAGAAGCAGAAGGCCAUAUUCCAAAGUGAAGGCAUCAUUGUGUAUGAAUCACUGAGCUCCCUGGGCCCACCAUUUGUGAGCUAUGUUACCUUGCCAGGAGGAAGUUGCUUUGGUAACUUUCAGAGCUGCUCAAGCAGAGCAGAAGCAAGGCGAGAUGCUGCAAAAGUGGCUCUCAUCAACUCUCUCUUCAAUGAACUUCCCUGUCGCAGGAUCACAAAGGAAUUCAUCAUAGAAAGUGUUCGGGAGGCAGUUUCCUCAACCAGUGGUAACCUAAAGGAUGCUGAUGACCCCAGCACUAGCAUUGGAGCCUAUCAUUACAUGCUAGAGUCAAACAUUGGAAAGACAAUGCUGGAAUUUCAGGAGCUGAUGAUUGUCUUUCAGCUUCUACACUGGAACGGAAGCCUUAAAGCCCUACGGGAAACAAAGUGCUCCCGGCAGGAAGUAAUUUCCUACUAUUCCCAGUAUUCCUUAGAUGAAAAGAUGAGAAGUCACAUGGCCUUGGACUGGAUUAUGAAGGAGCAAGAAUCUCCAGGAAUUAUUUCCCAAGAGCUGCAAGUGGCUCUUAGGGAACUGGAGGAAGUCAGGAAAGCCGGGCAAGAACUGAGGUUCUACAAAGAAAAGAAAGAAAUACUGAGCUUAGCACUGAGUCAGAUCUACAGUGAUCAAGUUACCACUUCUUCAUGGGACGAUCAAAUGAGCUUGGCCUUACAUGGCUACCAGUAACCUUGAAGAAGGUGUUUGACUUCAAACUGUAACAUAUUCGCCUAGGUUGAAAAUACCCCAUGUGUAAAUUGGUAACAUUCUUUUCCAUUGAUGCUUUAAUUUCUGUAUCUAAAAGCACUGAUGUUCUUUUUUUUUGUUUUCAUUUUUAUUUGGUGGAUAGAAAUAUUCUUCAGCUCAAGCCAAAGCUACCACAAAUAUUUGAUAUAGUACUGGUACUAUAUGUAAACCUAAAUGGAGACAAACCACAGAAAGCUUUUAUGGUACUCUGGAUAUUGAACUUGAUACGGUACUCUGGAUUUUGAGUUCUGCAAAAAGGCUCUACCUUUUCAUUGCUGAAGGUGUAAAAAUUGUCAGAAACCUACAGACUGUUAGCAAUAAAAGACAAAAACUGGAGUUUAGGCACUGGUGCCUUUUUACUCCCUCAGACUCCUUCACAGAAUCCGUGUGUCCUCUUGGCAGUGCUACUGCUGAAGUUCAUUUAUUCUGUUUAUUCAAGGGUAGCAAGAAUCUUCCAAGAAAAAAAAAAAAAAAGUUGCACACAACUGUUACUCUGGAUUCAAAGUGUUUCAAAACUCUGUUGCAGUCAAUGAGAUAUUACAAAGCUGUAAGAACAUAAAGAUGAGCAAAAAUUAGCAAACUGACCAGAUUCUGUCUGGCAUGGGUGCUAUGUGAUAACAGUCUGCCAGUCAGACUUUUUCUUGAUGUGACUUUUCAAAGAGAAUUUACUUACUUACACUGCAACAAAUGCCUACUGAGAUUCAAGAUCUUUCAUUUCCCCACACUGACUGUCAACAUAAUUCCUCUGCCAGAAGGUACUGUCCCUGGAGCAAAGUCAGCAGCAUACUCCUGUAUCAGGCAUGGGCUCAUAAUAACUAGCAUGUUAUUUUAGCAGAUGAUGAAGGCAGAAAGGUGCUAAGACACUGGACAACUAAUUUGAGCACAAUUCUUUCUAGUUCUGCUUCCCAGAAGCUUCUAACAGAAGAAUGGACACCUGGCAAAGAUGUAGUUUAAAUCAACCCAAUAAUAUCAGAAGUAAUUUGUAGCAUCAUUGCAAUUUAUUUUAAACAUUGUAUAUUUCCACAUAAAAGAGACAAAUAGUUCAACUGGAAGAGAAACAGGCUGGGGAAAAAAACAUUUUUGUCCCUUGUGGAAGUGGGCACACAACUAUGUCACAUCUCAUAA